AUGGAUCUGUUGGAUUUGUUUCUGGACAAGUACGGUUUGGAUUUAUCAUACCACCAUGCAUGGUUAGGAGUGGAGAAGGCUAGGGGGGAAAUAUUUGGAGACUAUGAAAGUUCAUUUGAUAAGUUGAGGUGGUACGUUGAAGCUGCCAAAAUUGCAAAUCCAAGGAGCUUAUUAAAGCUUGAAGUUGAUCCUGUCAGCAAGGAAUUCUCAAGGCUCUUUGUGUCGUUCAAUGCAUGUAUCACAGGGUUUAAUCAUUGUCGACCAUUCCUUUGCCUUGAUGGGACACAUCUCAAAGGCAGAUUCAAGGGGUGUCUUUUUGCUGCCACAGGAAAAGAUGCAGAUCAAGAUAUUCAUAUCUAUUUAUCUGCUUGUUCUAUGAUUGGUAUAAGACAGAACCUAGGUUUAUUUCCCCUGGCGUUUGCUAUUGUGAAUGCAGAAAAUGAUUGUAAUUGGUUGUGGUUUUUUCGGAUUUUAAAGACUAUCUUGUCUACACGACCUAUUACUUUCAUUAGUGAUCACAACCAUGGUCUCGUGAGUAACAUACCAACUGUUUUUCCUGAUUGUCAUCAUGCUUACUGUUUGUAUCAUCUUCAAUUCAAUUUGAAGGAUCACUUCCCUGGACGGUUUCGAAAGGGUUAUCGAAAUAGGUUGGUUAAAUUGUUUAAUGCUAUCGCUUAUGCUCCAUCGGUAUCAGCUUAUAUGAUAUGUGAGGCUAAGUUCUACUAG